CUGCAAAGAUAAUAGUAAUAGCGAUGGUCUCUCCUUUCAAACUUGAGAAAGCCUUAUUCAAACCAGAAAGAAACAAGUCUAAGACCAACAAUAACAUGAUGAUCAUGAGAAGGAGAAGAAAAACCAGUGCCGGGGUCAACUUCCUCUUCUCUUCUCCACCAUCUAUAAACAACAAACACAUCAUCAUAUUCAUCAUCAUCUACCCUCACAAUCCUCUCACGUUUGCUCUCUGCAGCAAACAUCAUGAGAUUCCUCCUCACUUUCUUCCUCUUUUGCUUCAUCACCUCACACACUCUCUCUGCAUCAGACACCUUAACCGCAACACAAACUCUCAAAACCAACCAGACCCUCCAAUCCUCCAACAACGUUUUCAUCUUCGGAUUCUUCCCCGGCAGCACCAAUCCAAACUCAUACUAUCUAGGCAUAUGGUACAAGGAUUUAGGUUACAGAACAGUAGUUUGGGUCGCAAACAGAGACAACCCACUUGAAAACUCCACAGGAUUUCUCAGCAUAGAAAAUGGAAACAUCAUGGUUCUUGCCAACUCAUCUGGAAACUCAGUUUGGUCUACAAAUCAAACCAAAUCUACUAGCAACCAAGUUCUUCAGCUUCUGGAUAAUGGCAACUUAGUUCUCAGAGAAGAAGCUUCCCCUGCUACUUAUCUAUGGCAGAGCUUUGAUCACCCAACAGACACGUUGUUAUCAGAAAUGAAGAUGGGUUGGAACCUGGACAAAGGAACAGAGGAUCACCUAACAUCGUGGAGGGACACCGAUCAAGACCCUUCAACUGGAGACUACACAUUCAAGAUUGAUUUCCAAGGACUCCCAGAAAUUUUCCUGCGGAAAAAUCAGACUAUAAGAUAUAGAAGCGGGCCUUGGAAUGGUGAUAGAUUCAGCGGGGUACCAGAGAUGGAGCCAGAUACAGAUUCUAUUGUGUUCAAUUUCUCUGUAGAUCAACAUAGUGUGUAUUACUCGUUCCAUGUUGGAAAUAAAUCGAUUUUUUCGAGGCUAAUUGUUACUUCUGGUGGUGAACUUCAGCGUCUUACAUGGGUUCCUAGCACACAGAGCUGGAACAAGUUCUGGUUUGCACCGAAAGAUCAGUGUGAUAGUUACAGAAUGUGUGGUCCUUAUGGUAUCUGUGAUGCGAAUGCUUCACCGGUAUGCAAGUGUUUGAGCGGGUUCAGCCCGAAGAAUCUGCAGGCUUGGAAUUUGAGAGAUGGAUCUGAUGGGUGUGUGAGGAACCACAAUUUGAGUUGUGGGAGUGAUAAGUUUUUGCAUAUGGAGGAUGUGAAGUUGCCUGAGACUAGCAAGGUGUUUGUGAAUAGGAGCAUGGAUCUUGUGGAGUGUGAGGAUUUGUGUAGAAGGAACUGUUCUUGUACUGGUUAUGCUAACAUUGAGGUUACCAAUGGAGGAUCUGGUUGUGUGAUGUGGAUUGGUGAACUUGUUGAUAUGAGGCAGUAUCCUGAUGGAGGGCAAGAUCUCUAUGUCAGAUUAGCAGCUUCUGAUGUAGAUGACUCAGGAUCUGCUGUCAGCUCUCACAAGAAGAAAAAUGAUAGUGCUAGGAUUGCAGGAAUCACAAUAUCUGCAGUUGUUGUGAUUUUGGGAUUGGGUUACCUUUUAAUUAGGAAUAAGAAAUUGCUAAGUAGAUUCAAUGGGACCACAAACCACAGAGGUACUCUCCAAAGAAGUAGGGAUUUGCUAAUGAAUGAGGUGGUAAUUUCAGCUAAUAGAGACAGAGAAAAGUCAGGAGAAAGGAAUAUGGAUGAACUAGAGUUGCCAUUGUUUGAUAUUAAUACCAUAACAAUGGCUACAAACAACUUCAGUGAAGCAAAUAAACUUGGUGAAGGAGGAUUUGGUAUUGUUUACAAGGGCAGAUUAAUUGAAGGCCAAGAAAUUGCUGUCAAGAGGUUGUCAAAGAAUUCUGGGCAAGGAACCGAAGAAUUCAAGAAUGAGGUUAAGUUAAUUGUCAAUCUUCAACAUCGAAAUCUUGUCCGGUUAUUUGGUUGCUGCAUUGAGAUGGAUGAAAAGCUGUUGGUUUAUGAGUACAUGGAGAAUAGAAGUCUUGAUUCCUUUUUAUUUGACAAGACCAGAAAACACUUACUAGAUUGGAAGAUUCGGUUCAACAUUAUAUGUGGAAUAGCUAGAGGACUUCUUUACCUGCAUCAUGAUUCUAGAUUCAGGAUUAUCCAUAGGGAUCUCAAGACAAGCAACAUUCUACUUGACAGUGAAAUGAACCCGAAAAUAUCAGAUUUUGGGAUGGCUAGAAUUUUUGGCACAAAUCAGACUGAAGCAAAUACACUCAGAGUUGUUGGAACAUAUGGCUAUAUGUCUCCUGAAUAUGCUAUGGAUGGGAACUUCUCAGUGAAGUCUGAUGUUUUCAGCUUUGGAGUUAUUGUGCUAGAGAUCAUAACUGGAAAGAAGAAUAGGGGAUUCUAUUACUCAAAUGAGGAUAUGAAUCUUUUAGGAAAUGCUUGGAGACAGUGGAGAGAAGGCAAUGCAUUGGAACUUAUUGAUCCAUCAAUUAGAGUUUCAUAUUCAGCUUCUGAAGUUCUUAAAUGCAUACAUAUUGGACUCUUGUGUAUUCAAGAACGUGCAGAGGAUAGACCAACAAUGUCUUCAGUAAUCUUGAUGCUGAACAGUGAAGCUGCAUUAAUGCCACAACCUAGAAACCCUGGGUUUUCUUUAGGAAGAAAUCCUCCAGAGACCGAUUCUUCUUCAAGCAAGCAAGAGGAAUCAUGGAGUGUGAACCAAGUCACAGUCACAUUGCUAGAUGCAAGAUGAUGGGGAAAAAAAGCUGUGACAUCGUCUAACAUGUUGUAUAUUCUCAAAACCAUACAAAUAUUGCGUAAAUCUUCCUCUGUUGAUAGUUGAGGCAUUUUUGAGAACUACUCCGAACUUGUUUUGGUGUAAUAUGUAAGAGAUAUCAUUAUUGAAACCAUUAACUAGUUUCCAUCUAAUUCCCACAUACA